CUUUUUGUUCUCGAUUGUGUUGUAUUGUGGUGACGCCAGAUUGUACAUUUGUUAUGUUACGUGGAGAGGGCGGUGCCUGUGUUGCAGUUUCUUAGGAAAGGGUAAUUGUGAUUCAAUAUUUGAUUUAGUUUCGGCGUCGUAUGGCGGUUCGAGUGUCAUAUUGGUGUAGGACAUGCAUAAUCCUUGGACCCUGUAUUUGCAAUGUUGGUAGGUUUGGUUAGGUUGCUAUAAAGGACUUAAGACCAAAAUCAAAAUCAUAAGUUUCAAGUAGACCGUUUUUCAGGCACUUUCAAAAUGUAACAAUAUUGCACCUUUUGAAUGUAAGGCAAUUACUUUUUAAUUAUGGUGUCCUUUAGUCUUAGGCAUUUGGCUAGGCUACGGAGCAUCCAGUAUAUCGGCAAUUAUUUGCGGUAAUACUGCCAGUACAAAACUAAUAGGACAAAUAUAGUUAAUUUGUUCCGAUCCGAAUAAACUCCAAUUCUCAUGAACCUCAUUUGUCAGUAUCUCAAUAAGGUCCUCGCCAAACAAGCAUAUUUUUCAAAUUUUCUAUGCAGACAUGCAAUAAUGGUCAUUUUCUGGGGCGCGGCCAGAAAAAAAUAGGGAAAAAUUGAAUUAGCCACAAAGAAAAAUAUCAAAUAUUAGCCCAGGCCUAUGACUUUCUAUAAUCCUGAUUCAUUUUUUUACCAAUCUUCUUUGUUACUUUCAUAUAAUACUUGCAAAAAUGCGUGUACAACUUGUCAUGGUGAUCGGUUGAAUAGUUUUCGUGUGAAAUCGCAACAAACUAUCUUACAUCCACGUACAUGUAGGGAUGACAUGUUUGUUAAAAGAUGAAAAUUAACGAGAAUAGUCAGAAUUAACAUGAAACUCUAUUUCUGUUUAAAUGGAUCUCGCUGUCAAAGGCCAAGCUCAUUAUAAAUACGCGCUGAUUACAAAAUAUACUACUAGAUUGUAGAGUGUUUCAAUCGGGUUUUUCGGAAAAAGGAAGUACCGAAAAAAUAACUACGUGAAAAAUGGUUCCUUGUUGAAUCUAGUGAAACUGGACACCGACUAAAAAAUAGCUGAAAAAAGGAUGCAGGCAUAAGGAGUUCAAAAAUCGAAAAUCUAGUUUUGUUUUUAAUUUUCACCACUAGAUACCAUUGUCUUCUUGCUGGCGGCUUAUAAAGGAGUUUACAGUUAAAGCAAACGCUUACUCUGCGGAACUGGUUUAAACAAUUAAAAAUCCGCUCCUCAUUGUAAUGCAUGUGCAAUACAAUAAUACUGGCAAUCCGGUUACAACCAGCCGAUUAUCAUUACAUUAUUUAAAAAAACAAAUCGUAGUACAAUUGAUAAUCUCGACAGCUCUGACUAUAAAAACUUCGAAGCAAUGUUUAUUUAAUAAUUAUGCUGUGCACAAAAUAAUAUUUUUCUGUUUAAAUACAGACGUGUGACUUUCAAAGGACGAACUUUAAGUGAUGCAAGAGGACAUAGGUUACUUAUUUGACAAUAUUUGCGUAAGCAUAGACGUUUCAGCAAAAAGUUGGUAGCUGGGCUCGCGUCAUCUCUAGCGCUUAUACUGCUCGAGUUCUUCACUUUCCUGUCCGGACUAACAAUGUUCUCGUCUUCAUCCUGUCUUGUCUCAACUGCCGGCCACGGCUCAGCCUCAAUCGCCUUAACGUACUUCGUUCUAGACGGCUGGCUCUGUGACUGGUACUGGCCGAUAUUCGUCCUCUGUAGUGUUGUGCCUUCGUGCGUCGAUGUCGCCGUUGCGUUCCUCACUAUGUGCUCUGUCAAGUGGUGAUCUGUGAUCGUGAUUUGACUUUUUAAGUUCGAUAUUUAAAUUAUAUUAUAAGAAAUAAAAGAAUGAAGCUGAAGGAUUUUAUUAAUUUGUUUAUAACCACCGAGCACCAGCAUCUAACCACAUCGCACGACUACAAGGGGGGAUGGUCCUUCUACUUGGUGCUUGCCGGGAUAGUCACCACACUGGGCUCGUCGCUACCUGUCGGAUACAAUAUAGGAGUUGUUAAUACGCCAGCUGAGGUAAUAAAAAAGUUCUGCAACGAGAGUUUCAUAAGCCGCUACGACGUGGUGCUGACUGAACAAUGGCUGAACGUUCUCUGGUCUUCUGUAGUGUCCAUCUUCAUUGUCGGCGGAUGUACCGGCUCUAUACUCGGCGCUGUGCUCGCCAACAGCUUGGGCAGAAAAAUGGCAACUGUAGUGACGAACGUGCUAUCGGCUGCCGGCGCCCUGCUCUUUCUCUUGUGCGAAAGAGUUAACUCCGUAGAACUGCUAAUAUUAGGGAGAUUACUAGUCGGCUUAUCUGGAGGUCUAACCACCAGCAUAGUGCCCAUGUACCUGACCGAGCUGGCGCCGCUGAGGCUGACGGGGGCGCUGGGCGUGGCCUGCCCCAUGGGCGUCAACGUCGGAGUGCUGGUCGGACAGGUCAUGGGAUUAGAUUUUAUAUUGGGUCGUAAUGAGGACUGGCCCUACCUCCUGUCCGUCUACGCGAUACUAGUCAUUAUAUGUUUACCAUUGUUAUUUUUACUGCCAGAGAGCCCAAAAUACUUAUUCGUAGUUAAGAAAAAUGAGGAGAGAGCUUUAAAAGAACUGAGCCGGCUGCGCGGCGUAUCCCCGAGCGUGCUGUCGGAGGACACGGAGCUGCUGCGGGAGGAGCUGCGCGCGGCGGAGGCGGCGCGCGCAGGCGAGGCGGCCUGGCCCCUGGCCGGCCUGCUGCGGGACGCGCGGCUCCGCCUGCCGCUGCUGCUCACCUGCGCCAUGCAGGCCGGCCAGCAGACCAGCGGGAUCAACGCCGUAUUCUACUACUCGCAAACGAUCUUCAAGCAAGCUGGCCUGUCGGUGAAGAACUCGCAGUACGCUACAAUAGGGUGCGGGUUCAUCAACGUGUGUACGGCGGUGCUGAUGCUGAAGUUGUUGCCGAUGUACGGGCGCCGGCCGCUGUUACUCGGCUCUAUAUUCAGUGCCUCCGUCAUACUGGCCGCCUUGGCUGUCUGUAUGAUAUUUAUGAACGUAGUGUCGUGGAUGCCGUAUGUCUGCAUGAUAGCCGUGCUGUCGUAUGUUCUAGUCUAUGGUCUAGGCCUCGGGCCCAUACCUUACUUCAUUGCCUCAGAGAUAUUCGAGGUGGGUCCUCGCCCGGCGGGCAUGGCGUGGGGCUCGCUGGCCAACUGGGGCGGUAACUUCCUGGUGGGCAUGUCGUUCCCCAGCAUGCGCGAGGCCAUCGGGCCCUACUCCUUCCUCGUCUUCUCCGCCGUUACUGCGUGUCUCUUCAUCUUCCAGAAAAUGUACUUCCCUGAGACUCGGGGCAAGACUCCCGCUCAAAUAACGCAGCUCUGCAGCCGCGGCAUGCAGUCCAAGCCGCUAUUGGUACAAGAUAACUCACACGUAUGACGUCAUCAUCCACGCUACUGACGUCACUAUCCACGCGCACACGUGGCUUCACCUUUUACGUAUGGUUUGAAUGGAGAGUGGAAGAGUAAGACUUGUUAUAUGUAUUACGCUUAUAUGCCUUUGCAGAUCGGUGACUGUAGGGUUGGUAUGACAGAAAUAAUAUAUUAUAUACAAACAAUUAAUAUGAAUUGGGUUCCUUAUUGUUUAACAAAAAGAUUCUUAACAAUAGAUUUAAAUACGUUAUUCAAAUAUUGCACGGAGGUCUGUGUAAUAUUUGUCAUUUAGAACUAUGUCGGUUAAAAUUGAAAUACUAUAUACGUAUAUAGUAUACGUGUAGUUAGAAUUAUUUGACUUAUAAAUAUCCUUAAAAAUUAUAAUAUACUUAUAUGUCACGCACAAAAUAUUUUAUAUCAUAGUUCUAUGUUCUAUAUAGUACAUGAAUAUGUAUGACGUACGAUGAUAUAUCAUAGUCAGUUGAGACCAAUACUGCCUUCAUAACUAAAUAAGUUGCUCAAUUAAAAUACAGUUGAAAUAACACAAAAUAGAGACAUAGAUUGACUAUAGUUACUAGUUACAAUAUAGUUAAUUAUUGUUUAACAAACUAAUUAAUAAAAAGACAGGUAUUUUCGAGUAUCAUACAAUAUCUAGAUAGUGUUCAGGGACUAAAACAUACAAUUAUGUCAAUAUUAAACAUAUUUAAAAAGUAAACAUAUUUAAGUACAUGGAAAUGCCGUGUCUUCUAUAUUAGAGCUAUGAAUCUAUAGUUUCAUUCUAUCUCAGUAGCAUUUAUAAAAAAAAAUCUCUCAACUUUUUUCCAACAUAUAUAUGUGGGCUAUAUUCGUUUCAUGUAGGGAUAUCAUUAGGGCAAUAUUAUGUUUCACUUAUCGAACAAUAUGAUGGAACAAUCUUAGUUGGAAAGCAUUGACACUGAUCAACCACAAUGGAAUACAUAAACUGGCUGGCAAGUGUGAUCAAAACGUCAUUUGAAGUCUGAACAAAAAAACUUAAAAUUCGAAACAUUUUACUCUCUUUAGAAAUUCUAUCGUCGUUCUCAUGGACUUUAAUGUUUUGACAUAAAGUUCAAUUCAAAUGAAUCUUCAAAAAUGAUUUAGGAAGGCCUAUUACAAAAAAAAAAUUGUGGUCAAGAUCUGUAAUUGAAACUCAAAGUUAGGUAUCACAGUCGAUGUGGAAAUGUUUUGUAAGAACAAAAUUAGUGGUAGGGUUAGAUUAAAAUCUCUUAAAACAACAGCUCGUGGUUCUUUUUAAAGUAUAUAUAUUAUAAAUAACUUGUAUAGGUAAACUUGAGACGACAUGUUUCACAAUGUUCGAAAAUGUUUCACAAACAUUUUCAACAAUGUGAAUGGCAUUCAACUCUUUGAAUUUCUGAUUUUGGGCUCGAUGCUACAGUAUUAUGUGGUGCUUCUAAAUUUUGGCUGAAUUGAAUCUUCACAUCGUUGUUUUUUAAUAAAUGCGCUUUUGACGUGCUCAUUACAUGUUUGUUACCAUGUGGCUGUGCAAUGCAGGGUUUUCAAAAGCGUAUAAUGAAAAUUUGGAAUUUCUUGUGAUGUGUUUUGUCUCAAGUUUCCUUAAAAGAAUAAACUCUUUUUAUUCUGUUUUCACUAAUAGGCAUCUAUAUUAUUAUUUUAAGCUAGUCUGCAGAUUAUCGAAUAAUAUU